UGCUUUUUUUUUUUUUUUUUUUUUUUUUUACAAAUAUUAAGACUCCACCAUAAACUGGAUCCCUUAUGUUUCUCCUGUCUCUAUUAAUAGUUACAUGCCAUUUCUAAUCAAUAAUAUCUCCUUCUAAUAUUCAAACUUCACAGAUUUUUGAAUCAGGUAUUGGAAGUAUUUAAAUUGUUAAAUUUAAAUUCCUAAAAUAAUGAUCUAUGUCAUUUUUUUUUUUUCCAAAAGUGAUUUUGUUAUUUUAGGGAGGUGACAAAAUGUUUCUUUGCUCUUCAGAGAAUUAAAAUUGUUACAGACCAGAAAGACCCAACAUUCAUUUAGAAAUAAUUUUAAAUUAAAUUAAAUCUUUCUAACCCUUAACAAUUGUCAAAAAUUGUUCAAACCACAGUGUCGUUAGGACAAAUGUGUGUCUGCUCUCUCUAACAGGACUUUUUUUUUUUUUUUUUUUUUUUUUUACACAUUUUCUCAUAUUAACAUAAACAUACAACAAUAUAUUUGGAGGAAAUUUUUGGUCGCAGGCUGAAACUAAGUAGUGCAUCAUGGUAAAUCCAGGAACAAUUUGUGAUUACCUUGAAGUCUGUGACUGUAAUGUGACAAAAUGUAAAAGUAAGUGUCAGGGAGAGUGAAUAAUUUUCCAUGUUUAUUUACAUGAUAAAGUCUAAAAACUGUCCCGGUGAAACUCGGGGAUAUAAGAAUAUCUAAAAUCUCACCACCAUCUAGAGACGUUUGCUUCAAAGAUAUUUACCAAAAUUAACUCAAGUGAAUAUAUAUAUAUAUAAUGUUGAACCAAUGUGGUGAAUUAUUUCUCUUACACUUUAUUUCUAUCACACAAAAUGGGUUGUGAAUAGAAAAAGAUGACCUCCACAUUUUUUUGUUUUUUUUGUUUUUUACAUCACCUCAAAGCAACAAACCAGUUGAAUCUUCAACACGAUUCUGGCAACCAAACAUCAGUGAGACUCACCAACUCCUCCAGGAAGAGCAAUUCAGUAUCCAGGCAGAUUUAUUCCAGCCUUUGAAUUGAUGGCUGCAAAAGAAUUGCAGAUUAUUUUUUCUUCUUCAAUUUGAUGCUUUUAGUGGGAGAUUAGUUCAGUCUAUGCAUGUAAUUCACAGUAAUUAUUCAGUAUUGGUAUUGAACACAGUCCAGAUAAAUCAUUAAAUUCCAACACUUGCUACUUGAUAAUACUAGAAAUAACUACAUAAGGAAGUACUGAAGUAUUCAUACACUGGAAAACUUAAUUAUUAAAAAUGACCUUUAAUGAAUUUUAACUUGUUUCUUAAAUUAUAACAUUUCUAAUCUAAUUUAAAUGUUGCUAUAUUUCCUAAGAAGGAACCGACUGGCUUCUCAUGAAAUCUUCUCAUUUUUUUCUUUUAAUCUGUGUGCGAUCGGAGGCGGUCACAGCGCCUCAGCCAGAGCUGACACCUCUCAUUUUGAAGGCCACGUGACAAGCAGGCAGCUGGAUUCGGGUCGCCACGGCGCUCGCUGACAUCACUCGGACAUUGAGCGCCAGCGCCCAAGUCGUGUUGAUGUCAGCGGGGAGAGAAAGCUGCUUUGAGUCGUAUGGCUUCCUCUUUAAACUGUGGCUACCAACAUCGCUUGCAGCGUAACCACACACCGACACCCCCCCCAAUUUCACGCGCACACACACACACACACGUGCGCGUGGUUCGACUGGGGCCUUUUUUAACGCCACAAAAGCAAGGAUGUAUGCGUUUGCAAGUGAGAGUGUGAUAAUAAUAAGAGGCUGCACCUGUUCUGCUCCACGAGGUUGUAACGAGGAAAUAAAAAAUAUACAUAAUUUAAUGAUUGAAACGAAUCAGAUCUUGUUUGCUUUGCACCUGUUCCUGUCUGAGAGCGACGCAGAGCGAGAGUCUGGGUGCUGCAGCCGCGCCUCCUCGCCCUGCCGUGCAUCAGGUGUCUGCAGCAGCAUGAAGUAUCAGCCUGCGAGCCGAGAAAGUAGAAAGUCCUCCUUCGCCUACCGUGGUGUGCUCUCAGGCACUCCAUCAGAGCCCUCCCAGCCUCGGGCUUUGCACUUUUACUUCCACCCCCCCGUCUUCUUUUGUGGCCGUUCCCUCUUCUCAGAGGCACACCAAAAGAGAAAAUAAGGCGAAAGAGUGAGCAAAAAAAAAAAAAAAAAACGAACGACGAAGACUUCAACUUUGAACAUGCCUCUGUAAAGUUUCAAAAUGUUUGGAAGGAGAGGAACAUCGAGGAGCAGCUUUACUGAAGGAGCGACUCAAGUGAGGCAACAGGUGGCUGUGGGAUGUGUUCAUGGAGGAGAGAAGAGAUAAAAAAAUAAAAAAAAAACUGUAAAGUUGAGUAGUGAGUUCAUUUGGAGCUUCAGGGUGUAUAAAAUGUAUGAAAUGCCAUAACUGAGAGUGGGGAGGCCACAGUGUUAGGAUGUAGAUCUAAGCCUCUUUUUUUCUAGUUUGGAGGGAGCUUUUCUUAUUCAAAACAGCCCCACAAAAGACUUCCAGUGAGCUCUGCCACAUCCCCAUCUGACUUGGGGCCAUUCAUCAGCCUUCCAAGCCUAUCAAUGACAUGUCCCCAUCAGGGCUCCUAUAAAAUCAGCCCCUUUCCCAUGAAACAUCAGCAAACAUUUUGACGGGUCUGGCUUUCCCCCCGCUGGAUUUCUGGAGUCUCCUGCUCCCUUCUUUACACCCCCCGCCCCAACCCCUCUCUCCCUCUCUCUCUCUCUCUGUCUCUCUCCCUCUCUCUCUCUCUCCCUCCUCCGCCAACACCGCCCUUCUCCGGGCGAACCCCAGAGCCUCAACAUCUCCCUUGACGGGCAGUGGUCAGGGAGCCUUAGGACGAGCCGAGAGGAGAUCAUCGGAGGAGGGGGACAGAGCGCGUGCACUGAGCCAUUUUACUCGGAGGAGCCGGCGUCGUUGAUGGGAAGAGGAUGCACUGCGGGCUGCUGGAGGAGCCGGACAUGGAUUCCACAGAGAGCUGGAUCGAAAGGUGCCUCAGUGAGAGUGAGAGCAAGCGAUACUCCAGCCACACGUCUCUGGGGAACAUGUCCAACGACGAGCAUGAGGAAAAGGAGAAUAACAGAGCGACUAAACCGCAUUCAACACCAGCUACUCUGGAAUGGUUAGAGGAAAACUACGAAAUAGCAGAAGGUGUGUGCAUCCCCAGAAGUGCGCUCUACAUGCACUACCUUGACUUCAGCGAGAAGCACGACACGCAACCUGUGAACGCAGCGAGCUUUGGAAAGAUUAUAAGGCAGCAGUUCCCAGCACUGACAACCAGACGACUGGGGACAAGAGGACAGUCCAAGUACCACUACUACGGGAUUGCGGUGAAGGAGACGUCGCCGUACUACGAUGUGAUGUACUCCAAAAAGGGGGCGGCGUGGGUGAACGAGACGGGGAAGAAAGAGGUCACGAAGCAGACAGUGGCGUAUUCACCGCGCUCCAAGCUGGGGACGCUCCUGCCAGAGUUUCCAAAUGUCAAAGACCUAAAUUUGCCUGCCAGCCUGCCAGAGGAGAGGGUGUCAACGUUCAUCAUGAUGUACAGAACGCACUGUCAGAGGAUACUGGACACGGUUAUCAGAGCCAAUUUUGACGAGGUCCAAAGUUUCCUGCUGCACUUCUGGCAGGGCAUGCCGCCCCACAUGCUCCCUGUCCUCGGCUCUCCCACUGUGGUCAACAUCGUCGGUGUUUGUGACUCCAUCCUCUACAAAGCCAUCUCCGGGGUGUUGAUGCCCACCGUCCUGCAAGCACUACCCGACAGCUUGACUCAGGUUAUUCGGAAAUUUGCCAAACAGCUUGAUGAGUGGCUUAAAAUAGCACUUCAUGACCUUCCUGAAAACCUGAGGAACAUCAAAUUUGAACUGUCAAGGAGAUUCUCCCAGAUUUUGAAGCGGCAAACGUCAUUAAACCAUCUCUGUCAGGCAUCUCGGACUGUGAUAAACAGUGCCGACAUCACCUUCCAAAUGCUGGAGGACUGGAGGAACGUGGACCUGAACAGCAUCACCAAGCAGACACUUUACACCAUGGAGGACUCGCAGGAGGAGCACAGGCAGCUUAUUAUGCACUUGUAUCAGGAAUUUGACCACCUGUUGGAAGAGCAGUCUCCAAUUGAGGCCUACAUCGAGUGGCUGGACUCCAUGGUGGACCGCUGCGUCGUCAAGGUGGCGGGGAAGAGGCCCGGCUUGCUAAAGAAGGUGGCCCAACAGUUCCUGCUGAUGUGGUCGUGUUUUGGUACCAGAGUCAUCCGGGAUAUGACCCUGCACAGCGCGCCCAGCUUUGGGUCCUUCCACCUGAUCCACCUCAUGUUUGAUGAUUACGUUCUCUACCUGCUGGAGUCGCUGCACUUCCAGGAGAGGGCCAACGACCUGAUGAGGGCCAUGAAGGGGGAGGGGAGCACAGCAGAGCAAGAGGAGGAAUUCACGCUGACAGAAACCAGCCCCACAUCCCCAUCUCCGGGGUCCUACUCUCCCGCCCGCUCCGUCCAAUCGGUGGACGUCUCGUCGGCCAGCUCCCCCACUGCCGCCCUGUCCCCAGAGUACACAGGGGUCACCGCUUCCACAGGCGCUGUUCAGUCAUAUACCUGGUCCCUUACAUACACAGUGACCACAGCGGGCGGCUCCGCUCCGGAGGCUGGGCAGCAGCUGUCCUGCAUGAGGAGCAGCGCCCCCGUCCCGCCGCCGUCCUCCGCCCACAGGAUGCCGGUGUACGCCCACAGGGAGGAGCACGGAUACAGCGGUAGCUACAACUAUGGCAGCUACACCAACCAGCACCCCCACUCCAUCCAGAGCCAGUACCCGAGCCUGGCCCAUGAGCCGGCCAUCCCCGCCCCGCUUCACUACUCCGCCUACCACCGCUCCUCUGCACAGUACCAGCUCAACAGCCAGAUGCCCCGCAUGGAGCCGUGCCUGAUGGGCAGCACUCCUCGGUUGCACCCUGCGCCCAUCGCCCCCCGCUGGCCAGAUGUGUCUCCUGCUAACAGCUGUUACUCCAGCCCGCCUAUGCAUUCCUCUCGCUAUGCCACCUCUGGGGACAUGUACUCUCCUCUCGGCCCUCGCAGAAACUCGGAGUACGAACACUCGCAGCAUUUUCCAGGCUUUGCCUACAUCAACGGAGAGGCCACUACAGGCUGGGCCAAAUAGGGUUUUCUGUCUCCUUCCCUGACGAACCGGCAGCUGCAGUCUCUGAACUCUCUCGAAGACAAAGAGGAAGGUGAAAGAAAUCGUGGCCGGACUGACAAGUUUGAAGAGGCGUUACAUCAGUCGCCCUGAUGAUUGUGGUGUCACCCGACCAGAUCUCCGAUUAAUCAUUUCCUCCACCAAACACUUGAUGGAGGAAAACAAAUCAUAUUGAUUGUCUGAACCUGCAGCAAAAUCAUAUAAAGAGUGCAAUGCUGCUGCCAAGCUGUGCCUUUGUUUUAAGGAAUGUACACCUCAGCCAGAGUUGCCCUUGCUGCUCUCAGUGCUGUGUUUGGAUACCGGUGCAGCUGCAGGUUUCCCUGCAGGCGUUGCUCAGCACUAUUGCAGCAUCUCGUCGCGAUGAGCUGCACCGCCUUAACCGUCUCCUGGGACUCCAGGUCUGUGACUCUGAGCUGACAACCAUCACGUGUUUCCAUCUCAGAUAGUUAACUUAAACACAACAAAUGUAUCCUGUCGCAAGCUUUUCUGCUGUUUUUCUGUGACAAUAUAUCUAUAAAGAUAGAUAUAUAUAUAAGUAUUUUCUGUAACUUUGUAACAUGGUGUAAUGCUAUAUUUUCUAUGUCGUCUCUGUUUUGUAUGGUUAGUAAAGGAUGCAUUAACUUAGGGUUGUGUGUUUUAUAAUGCACUCAAAGCUACGGAGGACCUAUUACCCUAUGGGUAUUUAUUAAAAAGGGAAAUAUCAAAGUGUACAGUAACAUAAAGUCACUUUUCUGUAAAUAAAAAGCACUGGAGAGCA